AUGGAGUCAGAUGAGGAAAACAGAGUAUCACGGUGCUUUUGGGCUGACUCAAUUUCAAGACGAGCUUACAGCUUUUAUGGAGAUACAAUCAUCUUUGCUUGUGCAUUCUUGAAUGAUGAGACAGCCGAUACUUUUGUUUGGUUAUUCAAGGAAUUUCUAAAUGCUAUGCCAGGAGAUGCACCAGAAAAUGCCCCCAAGAUGAUCAUUACCGACCAAGAUCCUGCUAUGACUAAAGCCAUUUCAGAAGCACUCCCACAAACAUUUCAUAGAUAUUACAGUUGGCACAUUCUUAAUAAAUUUUCUGAGAAGCUAGAUGCGAUUAAGUAUCAAGAUUCCUACCAAGACUUUCAUAGCUGCAUAUGGAAUUCAAGUAGUAGAGAGGAGUUUGACUCAAGAUGGAUUGAAAUUAUUGAGAAGAGUGGGUUGAGUUAUAACAAGUGGCUAGAAAGUAUUUACGAAAUUCGUUCAUCAUGGAUACCAGCAUAUGUCAAUCAUGUUUUCUCAGCUGGAAUUUCAAGUAGUCAAAGAGCAGAGAGUCAACAUUCUUUCUUCAAGAAUUAUGUUUCUAAGUGGAAUUCAUUGGUGGAAUUUAUGGUUCAGUUUAAGAGGGGACUUCUUCACCAACGCCAUUCUGAGCUAGAGGAGGAUAAUAUUAAUAUUGAUGAGAAGGCAAAAACUGUCAUGUCCCCUUGA